UCGCAUCAGUCCGGCUGCCAAUCAGCGAGCUGCUAGCUCGGGCCGCGGGGGCCGGGACGGCAGAGAGGGGCGCUCCCAUUGGCUGGGCUCUGCGCGGGUUGCAGUUUGAAUCGGCGGCGCCGAGCGGUAGUAAUGGCCAAGUAUAAGAAACGCAGACGAAAACACAGAGCUCGAGCAGAAUUUCUACAGGAAAAAGAAAGAGAUGCUGCAAACUCCCAGGGCUCAGGUUGUUCUCCACGGUCAGCAGGUAAUCUUCCUCUGAACACAUCAUCUGUCCCAAGCCAUCUGUCCUCACUCUGGUCAGUAGCCUUGCCCAGUGUGAAAAACAUGGUAAAACCCUUCACAACAACAGUGUCAUUUUUGUACUGUUGGUGCCAGAACACGGUUGCACAGAGUUUUAAAGUGGUUAAAGACACCAUAUUUCCGUCACAAAUCUACUUAAGGGAGCUAAAUACAUUCAGAGAGCAGCUGAAAAAGUUGGAAACUGAAUUUUCCAGACUACAAGGAGCACUCCAGAUGAAUGGAACCACAGCCUCAUCUUCAGAAAAUUCUCUUUGUCAAAGGUGUAAUAAACCACUUGUGGGUGCUCCUGUACCAAUGCAGAUGGGUCUGCCAUCACCAGUAUCCAGGCCUUCUGCAAUACAGCUGCAGCCUGCAUUUGCACCCCCUCCACCUCUUCCUCCUCCUCCACCACCACCACCACCACCACCACCUCCACUGCCCCCACCAAAACUGCCUCCAGCACCACUCCUCCUCAAAAGGGGCAAUGGCUCCAAAGCAGUUCUGAUUCCACCAGUGAAAAAAGAUGGGCCAAUGCAGAUCACCCUCAGAGACCUCCUGAAUGUUAAACUGAGGAAGGCAGAUGGCAGAAGCAGGAUGGACAAGGCAGACUCGCCAAUGAAGACACGCAGGGCCUUAAUUACAGUUUCAGAUUUACAGAGUGUUAGUUUAAGACCUAAAACCAAGCCAUCUGCUCACGUUACAAACUCCUUAAUUACCCCUCCUAAAAAUCACUUAGAUCUUCGAAAACAUCUGAAGAAAGUCAAUAUCCAGAGGAGUCCUGGAGGCACUCCACUAAAUGGCAAAGAAAACACAGAAUGUGGGUCUGGGUUGACGCCACUAAUGACACAGGCACUACGACGCAAAUUUCAGAUGGCACAUCCACAGAGCCCCUCACCUGCCCGGCUGAGUGCUGCAAACAGCUUUGACGAAUAGAAGUAGUUUAUGGAACACUGCGUUUGUCACCUCUGGUUAGGAAGGCCCUCGAAUGCUGUUUUUCUCUUGCUCAGACUUAUAUAUUUGCAAGUAAAUCUUGCGUGCACAAGAACAGGACUUUAUAAACUCCCUUUGGCAGAUUUCUGCUUUUUAAAGGCAAUGUCUUUCUAACAUG